CCCGAGACAGCCAAACGCGAAAUCUACCACGCCGCCGGCUUCACCUCGCGUCAGUCACCCCAAUUGCCUGCAAGAACCCACCAUGGCGAGCUUUCUGCGGAGCCGGCAGGCGGGCGUGCAAAACGACCUGUCUGCUGCCAUCCAGCCGCACAUGUUUGCGCCCAGCGAGCAGUCCCGUUACGGAAUCAAUUCGCAAAUAAGCUGUCUCGCCUACGACCCCGUCCAGUCCCUCCUCGCCGUCGGCACGAACCUGACCAACUUCGGCAACGGCCAGAUCUACAUAUUCGGCCAGGGGCGCGUCCACAAGUCCAUCCAGCCUCCCAAACAUGCCUCCAUCCGCUUCCUCCACUUUGUCGCCGACAAGCUCGUCAGCCUCGACUCGCGCGGCGAGAUCACGGUAUGGGACCUCGCGUCCGGCGAGCGCCUGGGCGGCCACGCCAACGCCGGCAUCGCCUGCAUGCUGACCGACCCCAUGCUGGACUGGGCCCUGCUCGGCACCGCGUCGGGCGAUGUCUUCGCCUUCGACCUCGACCGCUGCCGCCUCGCGAGCUUCCGCCUGCCAAACUACUGGAAGCAGCGCGACCCCAAGGCCCGCCAGCCCAACAUGGUGUCGAUGCAGCUGCACCCGCGCGACAUUGGCCAACUCCUCAUUGCCUAUAACCACGGCGCCAUCAUAUACUCCUUCAAACAGAACCAGCCCAUAAAGUUCUUCGAGUACGUGCUCCAGCCCGGCGCCCCGGGCGGAAAUGGCGACAAGAUCGACUCGGUCCGUCACCCGAGGGUCAUCCAGGCAGUGUGGCACCCGACCGGCACAUUCAUCCUGACGGCCCAUGACGACGGCAGUCUUGUUUUCUGGGAUCCCAAGGAUGGCCGCAUGGUCAUGGCUAGGUCUCUUUUAGACGUUAAUGUUGACCAGUCCAGUUCCAACCCUCCCCGGCCCGCCUUGGUCGAGCCGUUUUCACACAUCAAGUGGUGCUGCAAGGAAGAUCCAGAUGACACUGGCCUUUUGAUAUCUGGAGGCCUGCCCAUAGACGCACCCGAGCAGGGCCUCACGUGGCUCGAGCUAGGUCCGACGCCCAUCUACGCCACUUCGUCGUGGCAGGCACUGUCUGACCACUUCAAGGGCAGGCGGCAGCAUGUUAUUCCAACCCCGGUCGGCGCCAACCUGACUGAUUUCUACCUGGUACCACGUACCUCGCCGCACUUUGCCGGCGCACAGGAUCCCGUCGCAAUCAUGGCCGUCCUGUCAUCUGGCGAGAUGAUCACUCUAAGUUUUCCUUCCGGAUACCCCAUCAGCCCGACAAAUCAGCUACACCCCUCACUGUCGUUUGUGCACCCAUUCGUUACCAAGGUUACGCUCUCCAUACUACCCCGAGAGCGAUGGCUAGGCAUGAACGAGAUUCGCAACCGUGGCGAGUCUCUUGUCCGGGGCGGAGCCGAGGGUAAAAAUGUGCGCCGACGGCACGAGGGGCGCAACGUGCUCCAGGUGGCGCACGCGGACGGCACGGUCCGCAUGUGGGACGCCGGACGCGGCGACGAGAUGGAGAACUCGGGGAUGCUACAGGUAGACGUCGCUCGGGCCACUGGCCGCUACGAUCAAGUCGAAAUCACGGCCAUGUCCAUGGCGGCCAGUACGGGAGAAUUCGCGGCGGGGACUCGCACAGGAGAGGUCGCCAUAUUCCGCUGGGGCGGGAACAAGUACCUCGGGCGGGAGGCGCCGGACGAGGUCGAGCCGAACCCGGGUGGCUUGUGCGAUAUAAGCUCCCGGGCCGAGCCGUCGUUGAAGGAGGGGCUGCAGCCGUUUGUGCUGUACGACAUGACCAAGGGGCCCAUCACGGCCGUCAAGGUGUCCGACGUCGGUUUCGUGGCCGUCGGCUCCGAGGAAGGCUUCAUCAGCAUAAUAGACCUUCGAGGGCCGGCAGUCAUCCUGCAGAGUUCCAGCGCGGAAUUUGCCAAGCAAGAGAAGCGGUCAUCGUUCCUCAAGAGCCACUCGUCUAGCACAGUAGCAAAGGACUGGCCCGUUGUGAUCGAGUUUGGAGUCUUGACCCUCGAGGGUGACAACUAUUCAAGCAUAGCCUGUUUUGUGGGGACUCAGCUCGGCAAGGUUGCAACUUUCAAACUCCUGCCCUCAGGGGGUGGCUACACGGCGACGCUUGUUGGAGUCGCGAACCUGGGCGACAAGAUUAUCAGCAUCAACCCCAUAGCCGCAAACACCGGCCGACCAGCCACUGCUACUGGAGAGGUAGUUGCUGGCCUCCGCAACGGCCAGCAUGUAAACGGCGUUCUUGUCGUCGUGACCCAAACCGAAAUCCGCAUCUUCAAGCCAGCUUCGGCGAAGGGGGCAUCAAAGUCGUUUGACGACGUUUUCUGCGACGCCGCCUCGGUGGCUGAGCUGGAGCAGCAUGGCUUCGCCGUCGUGUGUGUUUUUGGAGACCGCACGGCACGGGCAUAUUCCAUCCCUGCGCUGAAGGAGAUCAGCAAGGCGACGCUUAGCAUGAUGGAUCCGCCCCGGAGUCUGAGCUCCCUGGUGGCGUCCACCGGAGAUAUCAUCUGCUGGGCGGGCCCUUCAGAGCUGGUUGUCGUGCCGGCAUGGGCCUCGGGAUCAGGCAUGAGCACCGAAGACACGCUGCUAAACCCAGAGCUGACUGUGCCACCCCGUCCAACCAUUAGCAACCUCCAGUGGAUCAGCGGGACGCAGCACGUGUCGCCGACGGAUCUGGACGAGCUGAUCGGCGGGCCUGGACGGCCUCCAAGCAAGCGCAUGAUAGCAGCAGCCGCCGAGGAGGCCAGGCUGGCGCGCUCUGGCGGCGCCGCGGGUGCCGCGGGGUCGUCGCGUGCCGGCGCGGGGCCCGAGGGCUGGGGCGACUACCUCUCGCGGCAGAUCAACGAACGGACCGAGAAGCUGAACAUCAUGGGCGACUCCAUGGACACGCUCCAAAACCAGAGCCAGGGCUGGGCCGACGAUGUCAGCAAAUACGUCAACAAGCAGAAGAAGAACGUGCUACUCGGCGGCUUAAAGAGCAAGUUUCUUUAAAUGUGCUUGACCGGCCCUGGAGGGCGGGCAACUCUUUCGUGUACGAGUUUAUCUCGUGGCUUUUUUGUACAUUUUUUUUUUUUAGCAUGAUGGCCUGGUAGGCUCGGACAUUGCGGUACCAUUGCUAUUUCUUUCAAGUUAUUCUCUUUUUGGUUGACUAAACUAUAUCAGCGUCCCUUUUUGCCAGAUUUGUGGAGCACCAGCCAACCACCCAAAGCCCGUCCGCCGUUUAUCAAAACGACAUCUGUGUGUCUUGAAGCAUGCUCCUCGCGCUCCUACAGGUGCCGUCUCGGGCCGCAAACAGCCAUCAACAGAUAUCCGGGGUUGUAGCGCAGUUGGCAGCGCAUAGGUUCCUAUAUGGAGAAGUACCUGCACAAGGGCCAUCCUAAGGUCGUGAGUUCAAGUCUCACCGAUCCCUAUCAUCUUUUUUUGCAGGCCAGCCUCUUAUAUCGCUUCGAGGGCCGUAAAU